CUAAGUCCGACAAGUAAUUACAAGCUGAAGGGAGACUUUGUAGCCACAUCCUAACAAAUAUGUCCAGUAGCACUCCUAAUGCUGAGAGUCCGUUCAGACAAUGGAAGCGUCCAGACCACCCAAGUACUUGUACUUACCAUGAUGCUAAGUCAAUGAAGGAGUCGCCACAUAGACACGUACCUCUUGCCCCGCGUCCCAAGCUUAUGUCUACAGUGCUGGAAAACAUUGGCAAUACUCCACUAAUCCAGAUCAACAGAAUUGCACAGAAGGAGGGCCUCAAAUGUCGUCUUUUUGGAAAAUGUGAGUUUUUUAACGCGGGAGGUAGUGUAAAGGAUCGCAUAGGACUGAGAAUGGUGGAGGACGCUGAAGCCAAGGGGAUCCUGAAACAGGGAGAUGUCCUGAUAGAGCCGACAUCUGGAAAUACAGGUAUUGGCCUUGCCCUGGCUGCAGCUGUCAAGGGGUACCGCUGUAUAAUUGUUAUGCCAGAAAAGAUGAGUAUGGAGAAGGUAGAUGUACUGAGGGCUCUAGGAGCCGAGAUUGUGAGAACACCCACAUCAGCAGCCUUCGAUUCUCCCGAAUCUCACAUCGGGGUUGCUAAGCGACUGAUGGAAGAGAUUCCUAACUCACACAUCCUGGAUCAGUACAGCAACCCCAGCAAUCCACUGGCCCACUUUGAUGGUACAGGAGAGGAGAUUUUGAAUUCCCUUGAUGACAAAGUAGACAUGGUUGUGAUGGGCACAGGAACAGGUGGGACCCUCACAGGUAUCGCAAGGAAAAUCAAGUCUCGCUGUCCUAACUGUAAGAUAAUCGGAGUUGACCCAGAAGGAUCUAUACUGGCUGAGCCCGAGGAACUCAACAAGACGGACGUGACGUCGUAUGAGGUAGAGGGCACUGGGUACGACUUCAUACCAACUGUCUGUGACCGUUUGUUGGUAGACAAAUGGUACAAAACCCGAGACAAAGAAACUUUUACAAUGUCGAGACGUCUCAUCAGGGAGGAAGGACUUCUCUGUGGUGGUAGUUCUGGGGCCGCAAUGUACACAGCCAUCAAGGCCAUCAAAGACUUUGGACUGAAAGAAGGACAGACCUGUGUGGCAGUCCUCCCUGACUCCAUCCGUAACUACAUGACCAAGUUCCUCAGUGAUGAUUGGAUGAGCCAAAGAGAUUUCUUGGAGAAUGAGAAAAAAGUCACACCCUCAGAUGGCAAGUGGUGGGACAUCAAUGUAAGUGCCUUAGAUCUAAGAGCUCCUCUGACCGUGACUCCCACAGUCACUAUCCAGGACACGCUUGACUUACUCAACAAGGAAGGAUUUGACCAGGUACCAGUGGUCAGUGAGACAGGUGAAAUCAUGGGGAUGGUUACUGUUGGCAACAUGAUGGCACAAGUUGUCAAGUCAAAGGUCAAACCUGCUGAGCCAAUCUCUCGUGUGAUGUACAAGCAAUUCAAAAAGGUGAAGAUGGACAUCUCUCUUGGUCAGCUGUCUCGCAUGUUGGACACCGAUCACUUCGUCUUGGUAGUUCAUGAUCAGCGUCAGUGUACGUACAAAUCUAUGGACGAUGAAGGACCAAAUAAAAUGUCAAAGAAACAGAUGAUUUUCGGCAUAGCAACCCGGAUCGAUCUUCUGAACUUCAUCACUAAGCAACACACCCAGGACAUGGAAACCUAAAGAGAUUACACCAACUUUAGAAUGUUUGUAGAGUUUGUGAGGAAUUAUGAGGAUUUCACUUUACAAAAUUCAUGAAUUAAAUUUACCAUGUUUGAAAAAAAAAAUGGUUACAGAAUUUGAUAGGAUAGUAACAGAAUGUGAUAGGGUACCAGUGCAAAAUCUAGCUGUUUAAGGCUCAAUUUCACAUGAACACUUGGUCAAAUACAGCAAGUCUUUUUAUUUUCUCUUUCUUUUGAAGGAAAUCUAUUUUUUGCUUAUUUUCAUUGAUGAAUAAGAUUGCAAAAAAAAAAAAAAAAUUAUUACAUAAGAUAAAACUACAAUCUGUGUUGUGAUUUCCAUUCAUCCAUUUUGCUUCAAGCUUUUCCUACACCUGCAAAAAUUUGAACCUUAAAAAAUAGCAAUAUUUACAAUAUAUGAAUAAGGUAUUUUGUGAAUUAAACAUGCAAUAUUUUAUGUCUAUAGGUUAAAGUAUAGAACAGAUUGUAUUUUUAACAUCUGCUGCUUUAUCAGUUCAUUCAUUACAAAAUAUGUGUGUAUGUUGCUUAAACUGUGAUUACGAUGUAUGGAUAAACAGUUUAUUGCAGUUUUGAGUAAAUAUUACAGCUGAGGGUUUAAAUUUUUGGAGUGGAUAUGCUGCAUGAUUAACCAAAAGAUUUUGAUGUGGACAUAAUGAACGGUUUCCAUGGUUACAUGACUGAUUACAAUAAGUAAUCACCUGUAUUUAUCGUUGAGUUUAUUUGUGAUUUUUGAUUUUUGAUUUUAGAAUGUUACAUGACAUUUAGAAAAAUAUUCAAUAUGAUCUGUGAUUGAUACAUUGUAAGCCAAUUAAAAAAUUCUGUAUUGGCUUCAAAUUUUUGGGGAUUUUUGCAUCAAAACCAAUUCACUGCAUUCUAUUUCCACAAAACAGACUAUAACAUGCUAUAAUCAUGGUAUUUCUAUUCCUGUGUUAAUUUGCAGUGAAUAGGUUGAUUUGUUUUGAUAGUAAAAUUCAUGAAGGUAAAUUAUGUAUGAAAAAAAUUGGUUUCCGUAUAUUAAUUUUAAGGGCUGAUUUUGUGACAGAGGAAAAUUUCCGUGUGAAGAAUCUCGAUGUUUUCUAAUCACAAUGACAGUAAUAUCACCAGCCUAUAUAUCAUUUAUACUUCCUCAAAUGACACUUUGUAGUUUUAAUACGCAGCCAAAGGCGGUCGUAUAUUGGCGUCAUCUUCUCCGUCUGUCCGUCCCUAUGUCCUGCCAUCCAUUUCUUGUGAAUGCAACUUCUCCUAAACUAAUCAUCAGAUUUUCAUGUAACUUGCUCAAUGUCACUACUACAAUGGGUAGAUGUGCAUGAAGGGGCGAUUUUACGGUUCACUGAUUUUUGAAAGAUUUAUGCCAUUUUAUCUUUAUCUUCAUAUUUUGUGGUGGCGUAUAUUGUGUCCACGGCACUCUUGUUAAAUAAUUAAUCUUCUAGAUCCCAAAACAUUUCAUGUAUUUAAUUUUUGUUACUCGUGAUAAUAACAUCCCGUUUUGUAGACCUAUAAUCACUGUUUGUACCAGGGACAGUAAGUUUAUCUAUCCUGGUAGGGAUUUAACCCUGUUAAUAGAGCAUAUCUAUAUAAGUACAUCAUAUUCCAGCCUGACAUUCUAGUAAUCAUUAUGUAACCUUAGUAUUAGCCACAAUAUACCACUCGGCUAGAUGGAACUUCUCAUAGUUUGAUUGGUUAAGCAUCGGACUAGUAAACCAGGGGUCCCAGGUUCGAAUCCUAUUAGAGGCAUUGAAAUAGAUAAUGAGAUCUGAUACAUUGGCACCCUUGUGUUGUAUCGCUGUAACCCCUGGCAACACAAGGACAAGUAAAUUCCUGAAAGGAUAGUAUGUGACCCUGGUAAACUAUAGCCACAAUAUACCACUUGGCUAGAGAGAACUAAUUUAAAGGUUCAUUAGUUGAUCAUGCGACCAGUAAGCAAGACGUGCAAUGUUUGAAACCUAACAGAGGCAUUGCUGUUGAUAAUGACCUCUGUUGCAAUAGUAAAUAAUUAUGUACAACACAAGUGUUUGUAUAUGAAUGCUAUUGUUCUAUGGGAAAUAAGACAUUGGCAUUGAAUUUAACAAUGCAAGAGUUCCACUAAAGGGAGAUAAUUAAAAAAUAAAAUGUAAAUAAUAGAUUUAUCAGUUUACAUGUGUUGGCUUAUACAGUGUCACUGAAAUAUUACUCCAUCUUAAGCUAUAUAUUAUUGAUAUGUUUUUCUUUCCUCAUUAUACCAAGCUCUUCAGUCAUUUGAAAUGGUUAGUCAAAUAACUGUUCAUGAAUUGACAAUUAUUUCACAAAUGUACAGAUUGUGAUUCAGAGUCUGUAUGUGGGAUGAUCACUGCUCCAAAAAUCAUCAGUUUCUUCUAAUGUGGUUAAGUUGUAAACAAUCAUAUUACUUAGAGGUUUAUUUUUUUAUAUUUAAUGUUAUCAUCAAAUUGUUUGUAGUGUAAUUGAUUGUCAAUCCUGGUUCACUACUUUAAGUUUCAUUUUGGUCCCUGGUUAUGUAUAUAAUUUGGAUUUCUUUUCUAAUCAAAAUAACUUCUGGACGUUCAGAACCAUCUUUGGUAUUUGAAAAUCAUAUUUAAGACAAUUUGUAUGAAGAAAAACCAAUGCCUUUAGAAAGGUUUAUGCUGGAUUACAAUUUUUUUUUUUUUUUUUCAAAUCGGAAAUAAUCUGUACACUUGUUUUUAUCACAUUUAAUAUUUUAAAGUUUAUGGCACUUAUGAUUUAUUUUCUUAUUAUUUACUUUAUUUGACAUAAUUAGAAAACAAAUAAAUUAUUGAGCUGUUUAGGGUCCUAGGCCUUUUUUCCUUACUCAUGUAUAUGUUUGAAUCUCAUGUAUCUGAUACUGUUUAAGUAUGGAUAUAUACGCAUAAAUUUUUUAUAAUUUUUGUCGUGAUUUCAUUUUGAACAAUAAAUAAAAUUUUCUGUUUUUGAUGAAAUUAUAUCUUUUAGAAUCUCGUUAUUUUGAUUUAUUUUGAAGUGUCAACUUUGUACUUUUCAACAUGUUUUUUGGGUGACAAAGUGUUUAGAAUGCUGUUUAUACUGUCUGUUGCAUAUUAUGUUAUAAUCUAAACAUAUUUUUGUUCAUCUUUUGGGGUCUAGAGAAAUACAAGGAUAAAAUUAUCAGAAUUCAUUGGAAAUAAAAUAUAUCAUAUUACUUAC